GUUGAAUUAGUGUAUCGAGCACGAUUUUUGAUAAAAUAUUAUAAAUUACGCAGUGUGUAAAAUGUCGUUCCUCACAGAAUAUUUUGAUGAAUAUCGACAGCAUCCUAUUCGGAAAACUCAAAUAUGUCGGCCCGAACUCAGGUGGGCUAAGUUGGAAGGAAAAUGGUUGGACCCGAAGAUGGGAUCUGAAGAUAAAGCUUGGACUGAGGAGGAAAUAGAACAGUUUAUAAAGAUGACUAUGAAGAGCUUACGCGGACAGUCCACUUAUUUUAACGACUACUGCGCUCACCUUUCUCCUGAAUUCAAAACAAGACCAUUUAAACCUCGAGAGAAGAAGCGUAGACCUUGCAAAUCUGAAGGGGUGGUCGAUGACACGCCACCACCACCACCGGCACAGAAGCUGGCCAUCAAAGAUACAGAAUUGAUGAAACUGGCGCGGGAACUUUAUGAGCGGGACAUGAACAAACCGACCCUGGAAUCGUUACCAACGCAAUUGAGAAUCCUCGGCUAUGUGCGACCCUGUCUCUAUAAGACUGGCAUCAGCGAGUACCAGGAGAGUAUUGCUCGGUUGGCCUAUGAGAUGAUCCGCGACGACCGAAUACCUCGGUACUUUGCGCAUAAUGGCUGCCGUCCACGGUGGGGCCUGCCGCCUGAGGGUACCAGGCAACCAGAACUCGACGGAGCUCCUUAUGAUGGGGAAAGACUGUACUGAGAGACGUAGGAUAUCGGUGGCAUUACUGUUGUUAAUUUGAAACCCAUCGGCUUCGUGCCAAGGUGUAAUUCAUACGACCGUUUGGUGUCAACAUUUCAACUAUGUAUUAAACGGUACAUUUUCUUUUAAUUUUACAAAUAUUUUGAUAUUUAUACAAUUUUGUGAAUUAUAUCAUUCAGUUUAGAAAUUAUCUUAUCUACUUUAUAAAUGUUAAUUUAUUAACUUUUAUAUACA